AUGCUGUCGCUCAUGGCGCCCCGACGGAACGUUCGUUCACGUGGCAACGCCGUGUCGGUGUCGGCAGUGGAAAAGCCUCUUCGCCCGUGUACCCGGCGGCGGCAAACGUUUGCAGCGUCGCCACACUCCACGAGCCCGCGAACGGCGAUGACAGAAUCCGAUAGAAUUAUUAUUGCUGUGCCAGGACCAGACAAAAUCACCCCGUUUCAAUUCCACACUCCCGUUCCCAUCGAGAUGGAUGGUAACGAAGACAAAAGCCUCCAUGACAAUGAUGACAAUGAAGAGGCUGAUGACUACAACGAUAUCGCAGACGAUGACGAUGUCGCAGACGACUUGACGGAAAUAACCGACAACAGUCUGCCAGAAGACGAUGUCGCAGACAUGGAGGACAAAGAGAAUGAGAAAAAGGAUGAUGAACCAGUCGCCGGCUGCUCCGGUUUCAACUUGGGUCACAGCGUCAAAUGUGUCUGGAAACAACUCCAUGGCUGCGGGUGGCGUACCCGCCCCGAUCAAACGCGAGGAGGUCGCGAACUGUGCGACUGCCUUGAUACGCUGCGAAUGCGGAAGCGGGAUGUGAGCUCGACAUGCUCGCUCGCGUCCACCGUGGCGAGGACCGGCGCGAGCGAGGUCGUCGAAUGCGGGUUUGAGGGUCUUGAAGUGGUUUGCGACAAAGCGUAUCCUCACUCCAACGAUGGAUUCAAAGUCCAUGUGCAUUCCGUGCAAAAGUUCAAGUGGCCUCGCAAGGGCCGCACUAUUUACGGCUCGAUGAUCCUGGUGACUCCUCUAGUGGUUACAGCAACAGCAUUAGCAUCGUCGCCUACUGAACCUGAAGUGUCCUUAGAGUCUGAUAUCGAAGACAGCACGAAGCCAACCUUGUCGCGUUUGUCCAACGAACAUGUUUCUCCGGUGCUCCCAUAUCAUGAUUGCCCCGUACCCCCAAGCAUGUUCGCGGAUAUGUGUGACGAAGACCACGACCAGUACACACGGCGCACUGACAUAGUGCUCGACACGUCGCCGUAUUUUGAACGUCCCACACAAUCUUCUGUUUUUGACCUGAUGCGUGGGCAUAAUAUCUCAAUUGAUGUCGCUAUCAUUUUCAUGUUGGACUCCCUUCUCAAGAAGCGUGGUGGGGAUGUCCGCCAGCUCUUUGUGGACCAUGCCCUGCGUUGUGCCAUGGAACAAGAAGCGAUGGAAAGCCAAAAUGAGGAAGUGCCGCCGCCCGUUGCAAUGAAGUCAUUGACGUCCAAACAAAAGGCAGCCAAGCGCAAAGUGGCGGCAGCGGUGAAGCGUAGCAGCAAGAAGUAG